UCGAACAUAAAACGCUCUGCCGCGUUGUUCUCGUGACGCGACGGCGUUCUUCGCGGAACCUUCCGUUGUUCGCGAAACCUAACCCCGUUGUUCUCUCUCUCUGUCAUCGCCCGCCGCCGACAUGCCUGACCCCCGUGCGGAGCAGAAUGGUUCGAUCCUCGAGGCCCUGCUGAUGUGGAGGCGGAACGUGAGCAAGCACUUUGAGGGGGUGGAGGAGUGCAUGAUUUGUUUCAGCGUUCUGCAUGCGUCCAACUACCAGCUGCCCAAGUUCACGUGCAAGACAUGCCACAAGCGUUUCCACAACGUGUGCCUGUACAAGUGGUUUAGCACCAGCCAGAAGUCGACUUGUCCCAUGUGCCGCAGCGAACUCUAGCCACCGCCGGCGCCACCUGUGUGCGAUGUGCCGCAGCGAACUCUAGCCACCGCCGGCGCCACCUGUGUGCGAUGUGUCGCAGCGAACUCUAGCCACCGCCGGCGCCACCUGUUUGUGAUGUGUCGCAGCGAACUCUAGCCACCGCCGGCGCCACC